AUGGCGGACGUGUUGAUCCUCUGCUGCGGCUCACGCGGCGACACCGAGCCGUGGGCGCGCCUCGCCGCGGGGCUCCGCGAAUCCGGCCUGCGCGUGGCCCUCGCGGCGCACGGCGAGUACGAGCAGCUCGCCGCCGCCAUCGCGGGCCCAGAUGUGCCCUUCAGGGAGGUCCGCGGCUCCCUGCCCCGCGCGCUCGUGGAGAGCCCGGAGGGCGCGGCGCUGCGCGCGCGCACGGGGCUGGGUGCUCUCGCCGCGUUUCGGGACCUGAUGGUGCCACUCGCUCAGGUGCGAGGCUGCGGGCAGGGGGGCCAAUUCUUUACCUAA